CGCGCAGCGCCCGCACCCGCACCAUGGAGCGCCGCGUCGCCCGAGAGUUCCGGCACAAGGUCAAUCUAUUAAUUGACAAUGAAGCGGAGAAGGAUUACCUUUAUGACGUGCUGCGGAUGUACCACCAGUCUAUGAAUCUCCCAGUGCUUGUGGGGGACCUAAAACUCGUGAUUAAUGAACCAAGCAGGUUGCCUCUGUUCGAUGCAAUCCGCCCACUCAUCCCAUUAAAACACCAGGUGGAAUAUGAUCAGCUUACACCCAAACGAUCACGAAAGCUGAAAGAGGUGAGAUUAGAUCGACUGAAUCCUGAAGGGCUUGGAUUAAGUGUAAGAGGUGGAGUGGAAUUCAGCUGUGGCCUCUUCAUCUCCCAGUUAGUUAAAGGAGGACAGGCAGACAAUGCUGGACUUCAGGUUGGGGAUGAGAUAGUGCGCAUAAAUGGAUAUUCCAUUUCGUCAUGCACACACGAAGAAGUCAUCAACCUCAUUCGUACAAAGAAAGUCGUGUCCAUAAAAGUUAGACAUAUUGGCAUGAUACCUGUCAAAAGUUCACCAGAUGAACCCCUUAAAUGGCAAUAUGUGGAUCAGUUUGUGUCAGAGUCUGGGGAAGGAAAGGGCAGUGUUGCUGGACUUGCUUCUUCUGGAGGGAGAGACAGUAAAGAGAAGAAAGUCUUCAUUAGCUUGAUUGGUACAAAAGGUAUGGGAUGCAGUAUUUCCAGUGGUCCAACACAAAAGCCAGGCAUUUUUAUCAGCAAUGUUAAGCCAGGUUCUCUUUCAGCAGAGGUGGGCUUGGAGGUUGGUGAUCAGAUUGUUGAGGUGAAUGGAGUGGACUUUUCUAACGUGGAUCAUAAAGAGGCUGUCAGAGUGCUCAAGAGUAGCCGUACUUUGACUAUCUCUGUGGUAGCAGGCGCUGGCAAGGAGCUGUUCAUGACUGAAGAAGAAAGGCAAAGAGAAGCACGUCUCCGUGAGCAGGAACGCCAGGAGUUAAUGCAUCAGAAGCGGCUUGCACUGGAGACCAACAAAAUCAUCAAAGAGCAGCAAGAGAAAGAGAGAUUAAGAAAGCUGGAGAUUUCCCAGAAGGCUGCAGAGGAAGAAGAGAGAUAUCGAAGAGAAAUAGAGCAGAUAACAGCAGAAGAAGAGAAAUUUAAAAAGGAGUGGGAAGAAGAUUGGGGUCCUAAAGAACCACCCAAGUCUCUAAAAACUGUAACUGCAGAAGUGCACUCUGCCCCUCGUUCCAAACACAAAACUUUUGGAUGGUUUUAUCGGUAUGAAGGGAAAUUUCCCACAAUUCGUAAGAAAGGGAAAGAACGAAAGAAAUCAAAAAGUGAUAGUUUUUGUGAACAGAAGAAGAAUAAAAAGGAAAUGGAGUUUGAGCAAAAACUUGCCAAGGAGAAAGAAGGAAUGCUGGAGAGAGAAAAGCAAUUAAAAAUAAAUCGUCUUGUACAAGAGGUAUCUGAGACAGAACGAGAAGACCUGGAAGAAUCAGAAAAGGUGCAGCACUGGGUGGAAAGACUUUGUCAAACACGGUUAGAACAGAUCUCCUCUGUGGAGAAUGAGUCUCCUGAGGGCUUCCAGAAGUAUGUGGAAGAUUUUGAUCCAUAUUCAAUGUUUACCCCAGACCAGAUUAUAGGAAAAGACGUACGGCUAUUACGAAUAAAAAAGGAAGGAUCACUGGACCUUGCAGUCGAGGGAGGAAUUGAUUCUCCAAUUGGAAAGAUAGUUGUGUCUGCCAUCUACGAGGAUGGUGCUGCAGACAAACAUGGAGGCAUAGUGAAAGGGGAUGAAAUACUGGCUGUAAAUGGCAAGAUAUUAAUUGACAGCAAGCUGGCAGAAGCACAGGCAACUCUAGCAAAAGCUUGGAACAUGGGUGGGGAUUGGAUUGACUUAGUCAUUGCAGCAUCACCUCCAAAAGAAUACGAUGAUGAAAUCCCUACCAUUCCCUCAUCAGCAGUCAGUCCCAACACACACAGAAAGGUUUUUGAAGGCAGUGCACCUGUGUACAGACAAGGAUAUCUCCUGCAGCUGUAACCACUGCAGUGUCCCUCAUGGACAUUUUUUUAAGGAAGACUACAACUCUUGAAAUGGAAUCUCUUCUCAACAGAAACCUGCUGCUCAGUAAAUUAACAGGAAAUCAAUAACUAUGUGAAAUGUACCUUUAUUGACUGACCUGUAAAUUGAACUAGAGACAUCAGAUUCUUCAGAUAGUUUGAAUAAUUUAUUAUCAUUCUACAGACAUACAGCAAAACUUCUUUUGCACAAUGAUUGAAAAGAACUGCUGACCAGCAUAGUUCAGACUGUGAGCGCUCGAUCUCUUUUUGCUAUUUUGAGGGGCCAAAUUUUGCAAAUAAUCUUUCAGUUUUCCUGGAAAUAGACUCUAAAAUGACAAAUGAAGAUAGAACACGUCUGUUCCCACAUGCAACACUUGUGAAUACACGUUCACAGGCCAGUUUGGGUGUGAAAAGAAUUAUAUUUUUACUUCCUAGAUAGUGAUUUUCAUGGGAAAAUGGGAAAGUACACAGGUAACUUCUGUUCUCAUAUUCUUGUAGCUCUCUCAAUGUCCGUUUUUGUGUCUCAGUUGUAAGGGUUUUUUGACCAUAAAAACCCUGCCGGUGAAAGAACUGGGAAUACCAGAAAUGCGUGCAUUAUAACGAUAUAAUUUUGAUUGUGUUGCUCAUAGAGUAUAGAGCAUCUUCUGUACCAGCAGCGUAAAUAACUAGCAAGUAGCUCAUAUAAAAUCAUUAUGUGCAGUCACAUCCCUAUUCCCGAGUAUUUGUAUUGGCAAAAAUUCCUCCCUCAUAUAGUCAUGGGUGGGAAAUUUGGGUGUGAUUCACAGUCUGCUGUUUUGUACUUUGUUCUCAGUGAGCCUAUAUAUGUGACUAAACUGUGCAGGAAGCCACCAAGUGUAACUUUCUGCUCUUGGUGACUCUGUGCCUUAGAUUUGAGUAAAUUCCUCAAGACCAUAAAAUUGAUACUAGCUUGGUUUCAAGUAUUAUUGCAAGUUGUAGAUUUAGUAAUUAUAUUACAGAGAUAUCUCGUAAGAAAUGUCAUUGUCUUUUUCCUUUCUUGUACCUGCCAGUUUGUGUUCUGUUUUUCAUGCUGUGUUUAGAUUUUUCUCACCUGUUCUACUGAGAGACAGUUCAUUGGAAUAUCAAAUUCCCACGGAAUUUGAAGUCUUGCCUUUUCAAGGUUUGGAAGCCCUCCUCUUUUCCAGCACGUAAAAAUAACAAUUACAUUCCUGAGAACUUGGUACUUAUAUGCAGAUGCUUACUUAUGUUGACUUUAUUUGUAGUAUUCUUCCAGUAUGCCAGUUAAUGUGUGUGGCAGGUAUAUAUGUUAGAAUAUUUAAAAUGUUUAAUUCUCACAACUAAUCCAGA